AUGUACACGAUCCAUGCUGCGCUCCCUGCAGGCAAACGUGGAGAGAACGAUCUACGACAGGGACUCGCCAUCAUCAAGCUCAAUGGCGUGCGCGACAGCUACCGCAUCUUUUCUGUCAUGCCAGUGCGUGACGCCACGACUGGAGGAGGAAAACAUCUCGAGAUGCCAAAAGACAGACCGGAGGCCACCGACCCGGCUGUGUACUCGUCCGCCUUCCAGCGCUUCGCCCGUGAACGCUUCCCUUCGAGUCAGCAAGCAUGGGGCAAUCGGGCGAAAGACGUGGCCGAAAUCCUGGCGCUCGACGCUCCAAAGCGCGACAUCGAGAACAAGACCCCUCGCGCGGAGAUCGACCUCGUCAAGGCUGCGGGUCUGCUCAAGAUCAUGGGGCCGAAGGAGUAUGGCGGCGGUGGCGAGAGCUGGGAGACGGGCUACAAAUGCAUACGGGAGGUCGCCAAGGGCGAUGCGUCGAUUGGGAUGCUGUUGGGCUACCAUCUGCUUUGGUCAACGACAGCAAAUGUGGUUGGUACGGAAGACCAGGCCACGGCAAUCCAGCAGGUCAUACUCGAGAACAACUGGUUCAUCGGUGGAGCCGUGAAUCCUCGAGACAGUGAUUUGAAGAUCACGAGCGAUGGGGACAAUAUCGUCUUCAAUGGCUUCAAGAAUUUUAAUACGGGCGGCGUAAUCUCAGAUCUCACCGUACUCGAAGGCGUGUUCGAAGGCACGGAGGACCAUAUCUUCACGCUCGUCAAGACGGAUCAACCGGGCAUGCAGUUCCAACACAACUGGGAUAGCAUUGGCAUGCGCCUCACUGAAUCUGGCAGCGUAAGGAUUGACAAUAUCAAAGUCCCCUGGGCGGAUGCUUUGGGCUGGGACCCAGACACGAAGCGUCCAACGAAAGAUAUACUCAGCGUUCCUUUUGCUUCUAUGCUUCUGCCCACCAUCCAGCUAGUCUUCAGCAACUUCUAUCUCGGCCUAGCGCAGGGGGCGCUGCAAGCUGCGAGCAAGUAUACGGCCACGCAGACUCGUCCUUGGCCUUUUGGUGGUGACAACAAGGACCAAGCGACGGAUGAAUGGUACAUCCUCGAGCGAUACGGCGGUUUCGCUGCGCAUCUCGAAGCCGCGGAUGCGCUCGCCGAUCGCGCUGGUGAGAAGAUUGCGCGCUUAUAUGCAGACGUCGGAUUGCAUGGCUCCACCAUCGUUGGCGCAGGCGCUACGAACGGACACACCAACGGUCAUACCAACGGCACCUACUCCUCCAUCAAACUCAACCGCUCCGCCGUGACCGCUCGAGCACGAGGCGAAGUAGCCGCCUACGUCGCGCACUUCAAAGUCGUCGCCACCGACACUGGGCUGCAGGUCACGAGCGGUAUCUUCGAGAUGCUGGGGGCCAGGGCGACGGGGCGGAAGUAUUUGUUCGAUAGGUUCUGGCGGGAUCUGAGGACGCAUUCGCUGCAUGAUCCUGUGGCGUAUAGGCGGAGGGAGGUGGGGAGGUGGCAGUUGUUGGAGGAGAUUCCGGAGGUUAGUUGGUAUACUUGA